CAACAUGAUCUUAUAAGCAGUCGAAAUUAUUUUUACGUUUGUACUUGCACGCAGAACACAUUCACAAAUUUCAUUUUCUCUCAAGCUAAGAAAAAGUAGGCUAGCAAAGAAACACUACAAAUGACCUGCAACGAUACUGCCAACGACAAAAACAAGUUGCCUAAUAGGGACAUAAUGGGUUGUGACCACAGUUAAGCUUUGCAUCCCAGUAUAGCCUAUCGCAGCCUCCUGUCAAUGUUAGCAAAACAAAUGGGGAAACCCACGGCAGAAAACACCGUAUACUAGCCUAGCCACGUGCAGUAAUAGGGGAUUUUCCGCAUGGCGUAUAAAUCGACGAGUUUCAGUGAGAAAGACCACCCCAAAUGCAAUAUGUAGCUAUAGUUUUAAAAGGAGGUGCGAGUAGGGAAAUUAAGUCAAAUGUCUCAUAGGGAAACUGCAGUUCGGAACAUUUUCACGUUCUCUAAAGAAAAAAGCUUGCUACGCCGCAAGUACGCACUGAGCACGUUCAUGUCGUCCUGCCUGCUGGAGCGAAUUUCGGACUACUUGUCCAGCAAGAGGACCAUCGCAAUGUACGAGAGUCAGAUGAUUCGGUUCCAAUGUACGGACCUACAGCAACCCUCUCAGUUCAUACAGACUGUAAUACGCAAAGGUCGGAGGGCCUGCCAGCUGUUCUACAAGCUUUUGGAAAGCUGUGACCCCUUAUUAUACGAAAGUGCCACGGGCUCUCCAGCAAGCGAUUCAGUUCAUCAAACCCCCCCACCACUGCAAACCACUGCUCUGAUUGACCGACAGGACAUGGCUCCGACGUACAUCAUCAACAUUCACGAUUCCACCCUAAACAACUGCAUCUUUGGAAGCAACAAUGGACAGUGCAUAAAUGCAGAGCGCCAGUAUCCGCCAUUUUACAGUCCUGAGCACGUGAGGCAUGAGGCAGAAAUGUGCAGUUGCAGGUGUGGCCAGCAGGGGCCAGCACAGUCCUCUUCUUCAGCACCACAGAGCCUCCAGGUUCACAGCUCUGACAUGGAGUAUGUCAUCAUUGGGGACAACAAUACAAUGACUGUGGAGACAGAGGGACUGAAGGAGGAAGAGGAAGGAGAAGAGGAAGAGCAAGCACUCAUCUGACAGGAGCAAUGACAGAGAUGGAGAACCGCAGACUGACAGUGGCCUGCCCCUGUUGCAGAGUAUUUAUUGAAUGAUAGACGUCAAGGGGAGGUGGGGUUUGUUUUGGGGUUCCAGUGUUGACCACUGCAAAGUAGCCCAAUUCAGGAGAGGGUAGCGACUUUGCCAGCACUUUAAACCUUUACCAUUGUGGAGGGACAGUGAACUGGGGAAUAGGCAGACAAUUAAUAUUUUAAAAGCAAAAAAAAAAACAGGCUGUCCAUUUAAGAUGUAUUUCCUAUGCAUUUCACUGGAUUUUAUUGAUGGGAGUGACAUGUCAGAUAUGUCACUAUCAUGUAUGAACAAGGAAGCCAUGUCACUGGCCUAUGACAUGACACCAGCCAAAUCAAUACACCAACUAAUAAUUAUGGGUUCAUUGCAAGGGCCAAAUUUCUCCAGCAAUUCCUAUGAUAUGAUGUUUCCUGUAUUUUUGGCUGGACCCCAACACCAGGGCCAGCCCUACAAACGCGAAUGUCUGUGACUGAGUGAGUGACUGAGUGAGUGAUGAAGUUACACCUUUGGUCAGCCGGAUCACGUGUGUUAGGUCCAGCCAUAUACUAGGUUUUAACCUGGUCUUGUUUGGUUCUGAGAAGGCAAUGUUUUCCACUUCCUCUAAAAAAAAUUUUAAACUGACAAAUACUUGACUUAGAGAAGACUAUUACAGUUUUGCAAAUAUUUUAAUAUUUAAUGAAAAAACCAUUUCUGUAUAAUGUGGAUUCAUUUAUUUAUAAUAAAUAAUAUUGUAUAUAUUCAGUACAUCCAAAGUUGCAUCACUGAAGUCAAGCCAAGCUGUAUCCAUAAGGUUUGGUCUACGAGAAGGUGACUGCUGUAAAGCUUCAAUUUCUGACAAUGAAACAGAUAUCCUUGAGGCAUUUCCAAGG